AAGGCGCUACAGGUGAAGAUACGUAUAUGAUAUUACCACCAACUCCACAUCAUGAGGCGAAAACUUACGUUGGAAUGUUAGUUGCGUUCCUCAUGGAUAAUUGUAUGGAAUAUAUAGGUAGUUUGGUAGGUCAAUAUAUAUAUUUUGGACCUCCUGUGACAGUACAACCGAACGAUAGAUUGAUUCAAAAGGACAAGCGGGACAAAUCAGACAAGCCAAUUUAUGAGCAAGAACGUAAUAAAGAGAAAACUCAACCAAAAGUUGAUAUUGGAAAUAAGGAUGAUGAAAGAAAUGGAUUUAAUAACAUUAGAAAUUAUGAUAUAAUUAAACAAGAUCUUGAGGCAAAUAUCGAUUCUACAAAGACGCUUGAACAAAAGAAUAUUCAGGAGAAGAAUGUCGGCCAAGAGGAUAAAGAGGAACAAGAGGAGCAAGAAGAACAAGAGGAACCAGAGGAGCAAGAAGAACAAGAGGAACCAGAGGAGCAAGAAGAAAUAAGUUUGGAUGACAGUGGAAUUGAUAUUGGAGAAUAUGCACCUGAAUCGGCUGAGGAAAAUAAAAAAGAUCAAGACAUAGAUUUUGAAGAAUCUCAACCUGAAGAAAAUCAGCUUGUUGCGAAUGAAGAAAAUGAUAAUGAAUUUUUGCUUGAAACAAUCGAUAAAGACUCAGAAGUUGGUGAAACAAUUGAAGGAAGUACCGAAUAUUUUAACGACAAAGAAUUACAUCAUUCAAGUGACACACUAGGAUCACCUAAGAGUGAUACAGAUGAUAGUAUAGAUAAUUCACCCGCUUUUGAGCCUCGCAUAUCCAACGAUCGGAUCUUUCCGGUUGAAGACAUUCAAUUCACACACAUUACGGCGAAAGAAAUACGCAUGGUUCAAAGCGAUUUAAUAAUUGAUGAUGGUCGUGAAGAAGAGACUAGUGAUAAUGGAAUGGAAUAUCGUGAAUAUGUCGAUCCUAAUAUUAUAUCGAAUGCUACAUCACAACUCCCUGGAAAUUGGCCAACAGCUGAUGUUCCUCCUCAACCAAAUCCAAACUUUACAAAGCUAGUAGAUUUAACCAAGGUUUCAAAAGCACCCGUUAAUCUAGCAACUCCUAAUUGUGCUGCUAACCCUAAUGAUACUUUUUGUUAUUGGUCUUGCACCGGAUGUGUUCGUAAUAAAACAGAUGUAGUAAGAUGUCCUAACAAAUUAGAUUGGGGACUUAGUUUCGAUGAUGGCCCAACUACUUUUACAGACACACUCCUCGAUUACCUAGACACACAAAAUAUAAAAGUUACCUUUUUUGUUAUCGGUUCUCGAGUAAUUCAAAAUCCUGCUAUCUUGCAGAAAGCUUUUAAAGCUGGACAUCAAAUUGGUAUACACACUUGGUCACAUCCUCAACUUACAACUCAAAGUUCUGAACAAAUGAUUGCCGAAUUGAAAUAUACUGAAACAGCAAUUAAAGCGGCUAUUAACGUCACUCCUAAAUAUAUGCGCCCACCAUUCGGCGAUUAUGAUGAUCGAGUUCGUGAUAUUUCAACUCAACUCGGUUAUAAACCAACAAUUUGGGAUUUAGACACUUUCGAUUGGAUGUCUCAGAGUAAUAAAGACUUUCAACUUACUUGGAUAGAAGGUAACUUCACUCAAUGGACAACUGAUCCAAAACUUGCCAAUACUGGUCAUAUCUCUCUUGAACACGACUUAUAUAAUCAAACUGCCGCCCGAGUUCCUCUAGUCGUACCAAUUCUUAAAAAAGCCAAUUAUAAUAUUAAACCUAUUGCUGCUUGCCUGGGUGAUAACCAACCUUAUGUAGAAAAUGUUGUUCUGGAUGCGCCUAACUCUGCUACUUCAACACCUGCACCUUCACCUUCGAGUACAAAAAAUGCUGCCUCAUCUAAUAAAGCUAGUAGUACUUCAAAAGCUAGUAGUACUUCAUCAGCUACAUCUGAUGCUACCAAGAUGUUCAAUAGUAGUCUUUGGUCAAUUAGUUUG